GUCGAACCGGUGGGAAGUGAAGGAAAGUGGAUGGAGAAACGACGAUCGGCAGGCUGUCGAGAAUUGUGAACAAAUUUCAAGCUUGUUUUCAAGCUUGUUUUCAAGCGUCAAGCUUCGAAGAUCGCAACAAAAUCGCAAAAUCCCAGAUAAGUCUUAUUCAAACUCGAAAUUUUUCUCUGCUACAUUGAAAUUCAUGUUUCAAACGAGGAUUUUGUGUUGGAUUCAAUACCUAUUGCAAGAUUGGGAGUGUUCAUGUUAAAUGGGUGCCGCCCAAUUUGGGAAAACAAACGCUUCGGCGAUUCCCCACUUGCCCAUUUUUGCUUUGUUAAUAGAUUACUCAAUUUCCUUAAGUAUUGUCAGUCUUCAUCGAUAAUGGGUAUCAAUCAUGAACGCUUUAUCGCUUCUGAGUGCGCGGAUAGUCUGCAGAUUGGUUUCAAGUUCUUUCAUUGUGCGUCGAACAAUUUGGAAUCGGAGUUUUGGUAGUGAUGACCGAUUUGAGUUUGUUAUGGAACCCUAUAAGAAGGGGUUGGAGAGAUCAGAGUCUUGUGAGUUUGAGAGUCUUAGAUGCGAUGAUUUGUCUGUGAGAAGGGGUUUUCUAGAGGAUUCGAAAACUGAUGCUGGAAAAGUUCUUGAGGUUCUCAAACAGGAUGGUCCUGGAUUUGACACAUUAGUGGCUUUGGAUGAACUCCAACUAAAGGUCUCAGGAGUUCUUGUUAGGGAAGUUUUGAGGGGGAUUUUGAGAAGCAUAAAUGUUCUAAACAAAACUCAGUGUGCAAAAUUGGGGUACAAGUUCUUCGUGUGGUCUGGUAAGGUUGAGAAUUUCAACCACACCGCGGGUUCGUAUCAUAUGAUCAUGAAAAUAUUUGCUGAAUGUGAGGAGUUCAAGGCUAUGUGGAGGUUAGUUGAUGAGAUGACUGAGAAAGGGUACCCUGUUACUGCAAGGACAUUUACGUUAUUGAUAUGUACUUGUGGUGAUGCAGGGUUGGCUAGGAAAGUUGUCGAGAGGUUUAUCAAAUCGAAAACGUUCAAUUACAGGCCAUUUAAGCACUCUUAUAAUGCUAUUCUCCAUGCACUUCUUGGUAUAAAACAGUACAAGUUGAUUGAAUGGGUGUAUCAGCAAAUGCUGCUUGAUGGUCAUAGCUCGGACAUGCUGACAUAUAAUUUGCUAUUGUAUGCAAGGUGCAAAUUGGGGAAAUUGGAUCAGUUUCACAGAUUGCUUGAUGAAAUGGCCAGGAACGGAUUCUCUCCUGAUUGUCAUACUUAUAACAUUCUUCUCUAUGUUCUUGGCAAAGGAGACAAGCCUCUUGCAGCUUUAAACCUUUUGAACCACAUGAGGGAAGUGGGCUCUGAUCCGAGCAUUCUUCACUUCACGACGUUGAUAAAUGGACUUAGUCGGGCUGGAAAUUUGGAUGCUUGCAAAUAUUUUUUUGAUGAACUUUCUAAUAACGGCUGCACUCCUGAUGUCGUUUGCUACACUGUGAUGAUCACAAGCUAUACAGUAGCUGGGGAGCACGAAAAGGCUCGAGAACUUUUCGAUGAGAUGGUAAUAAAGGGCCAACUCCCUAAUGUAUUUACAUACAACUCCAUGAUUCGUGGGUUUUGUAUGGUCGGUGAAUUCGAGGAAGCUUACACUAUGCUCGAAGAAAUGGAAUCCCGAGGCUGCAAACCAAAUUUUCUUGUAUAUAGUACCCUUGUAAGUUAUUUGCGAAACGCUGGACAGCUUUCCGAGGCUCACAAAGUUAUUACACAUAUGGUCGAGAAGGGGCAAUACGCGCAUUUAGUGACGAAAUUCAAGGGAUAUAGAAGAUGCUAGAUCAGUAGGAUGAAUGUUUGCAGUUGGAGAUUAUUAAUUAAUAACCAGAUGAGAAAUUGAAGAGGCAGCUACUCCUUGGUUUCCUGAUAUUGAUUAAUAACCAUAUGAUACAUAGAUGUAGCCAUAACUGUUAUUCCAU